CGGGAUGGGAAAACUAUGCCUGGGGCCGGCGCUCGGCCCGGCUGCUGCAGCCGAGGAAAGCCGGGACGCGGAGCCCCGCCGAGAGCUUCUUUGCUCCGGACGCCCCUGGACGUGGCGGACAGCCGCGAGGGUGACCACCAUGAUCCCCUGGGUGCUCUUGGCCUGUGCCCUCCCCUGCGCUGCUGACCCACUGCUUGGCGCCUUUGCUCGCAGGGACUUCCGGAAAGGCUCCCCUCAACUGGUCUGCAGCCUGCCUGGCCCCCAGGGCCCACCCGGCCCCCCAGGAGCCCCAGGGCCCUCAGGAAUGAUGGGACGAAUGGGCUUUCCUGGCAAAGACGGCCAAGAUGGACAGGACGGCGACAGAGGGGACAGUGGAGAGGAAGGUCCACCUGGCCGGACAGGUAACCGGGGAAAGCCAGGACCAAAGGGCAAAGCCGGGGCCAUUGGGCGGGCUGGCCCCCGUGGCCCCAAGGGGGUCAACGGCACCCCCGGGAAGCAUGGCACGCCAGGCAAGAAGGGACCUAAGGGCAAGAAGGGGGAGCCGGGCCUCCCAGGCCCCUGCAGCUGCGGCAGUGGCCAUACCAAGUCAGCUUUCUCGGUGGCAGUGACCAAGAGCUACCCACGGGAGCGGCUGCCCAUCAAGUUUGACAAGAUUCUGAUGAACGAGGGUGGUCACUACAAUGCUUCCAGCGGCAAGUUCGUCUGCGGCGUGCCUGGGAUCUACUACUUCACCUAUGACAUCACGCUGGCCAACAAGCACCUCGCCAUUGGCCUGGUGCACAACGGCCAGUACCGCAUCCGGACCUUUGAUGCCAACACCGGCAACCACGAUGUGGCCUCGGGCUCCACCAUCCUGGCUCUCAAGCAGGGUGACGAAGUCUGGCUGCAGAUCUUCUACUCAGAGCAGAAUGGGCUCUUCUACGACCCUUACUGGACAGACAGCCUCUUUACGGGCUUCCUAAUCUACGCCGACCAGGAUGACCCCAACGAGGUAUAGACAUGCCAGUGUGGUCCGCCAGGCAGGGAGCAAGCUUCUGGACUUGGGCUUACAGAGCAAGACCCCUCAACUGUAGGCUGGGGGUGGGGGGUCCAGUGAGCAGUUCUAGCCUCAGGCUGACCUCCUCUGCCUCUUUUUUUCCCCAUCAUUAAAUCCAAGCCUUUUUAUUCAUCCGACCAUCUAUUUAUUCACUUCUUUUUAAAGUAUCUACUAUGUAACAGGCACUAUGCUAUUCUCUGAAAGGCGCAGCAGUGGACAAGACAGAGCAUCUGUCCUCAUGUGGCUUACAUUCUAGCAGAUGAUACAAUUUACAAAUAACCAAGCAAAUAACAUAAUAUUAUGCCAGGAUAGAAAUGAACAUGCCAUGGUUGACAGUAAUAGGAAUAACAGGAGACAGGGAAGAGGUGGAAAUUUGUUUCUUUUUGUUUGUUUGCCUUUUUAGGUUUACUUACAUACAGUGACUCUCCAAAUUUUAAGUUGACAGCUCAGUGAAUACUUUUUACUUAUGUGCACACCCUGAAACCUCCAUGUAGAUCGAAGAACAAGCUAUUUCCAGCCUCUCACCUCCCUUCCCCAAAGGCUCUCUUAAGACCCCUCUAAGUCAGUACCUGGAAAAGUUCCAUUUUUGAGCUGAGUUCCAAAGAAGGAAAUAGAGCAAUGCAAAGGCCUCGGAAAAGAGGUCUCCCAGCAAAAGACUCUGCAAGUGCAAAGACUUUGACAGAAAAGAGGGAGGGGCCAACGUCAGAACUGAGAAGCGAGGCAUGAGGCAUGAGGCUGGAAGAUAAUACAGAACCUCCCAGGCCAUGGCAAAGCUCGUUCCACUCACAAAGGCUUAUCAGAAUGCAAAGUGAGCAUGACACUGAUAAGCGGAUCAUCUUGAAUCUGCUCAAUGCAUGAGUCAAGUCAGCCACAGACUUGAGCACUUUGUUAUUAGUUAGUCUUUUGCAGGUCCGCUUCUCAAUGAAUGAGAUACACCAGGGUAUGCACGUACACCUGAGAACCGCUGCUCUAAGAUGGCAGGAAUGGAUCCCACGAAAAUGAAUCUCACCCUAAGCCCAGGUGUUUCCAGUAUGCAGGGGUCUGAGGGCUUAAGAAGCCGCAGUGAAAGUGCCAGGUGCUGGCCGGAUGUGGUGGCUCAACGCCUGUAAUCCCAGGACUUUGGGAGGCUGAGGCAGAUGGAUCACUUGAGGUCUUGAGGUCAAGAGUUCAAGACCAGCUUGGCCAACAUGGCGAAAUGUUAUCUCAAAAAAUACAAAAAUUAGACAGGCAUGGUGGUGGGCACCUGUAAUCCCAGAUACUGGGGAGGCUGAGGCGGAAGAAUUGCUUGAACCUGGGAGGUGGAGGUUGCAGUUAGCUGAGAUCGUGCCACUGCACUGCAGCCUGGGCAACAGAAUAAGACUGUCUC